AUGCGUGGUGGUCCUGAUCGCUUAAGAAUGUGUGUUUUGUACUUUCUAGCAAGCGUGUUAGGUGGUAAGGCUAAGACGGGGAAGGGAGCUCCCUCGGUAGACCCUUUAUUCUUGAGGAUGGUAGAAGAUCUCGAUGCGUGUAGAACAUUUCCUUGGGGGAGGUUAUCAUUUGAGGCAAAUCUAAAGGAAAUUGAACAUACAUUGAGGCACUUCAAUGGGGUCGUCGAAACCGAUUCUUGGACGUUUCCUGACUUUGUUACUCCCUUGGAGUUGCUACCUUUUGAAGCAAUACCUUGUUUGAAGGACACAUACAGAGAAGAAGCUAAAGGAGCAGACAUAGAGUGUCGUCGGAUGUGUAAGAUAAAGUUCAGACCAUUCACUCUCAAAGGAUUUCCUCUGUCGGACCUCUACGAAACACUCGGUAAUACCAAAGAUAUCCAGAGUAUCUUGGAACCAUCUGCUGAUGAGGAAUAUAUGUUAGCAGAUGUCAUGGAAAGGUAUGAAGACCCAGAUAACAGUGAUACAAUUCCUGAUACUUGGACGAGUCGUAUAAUUGAUGAUGGGAAGCCGAUAUUCUGGAAGGAUAUGAGCUUGUACGAUGAAAAAAACCGAGUUGAACCAGCGAAGAAUGCAUCCUCUAAAUCUCCAGCGCCGAGUGGGAUUGUGGACCAGAUUCAAGGGUUGAAGAAGAGUAUGGAUGAGCAGUUCCAACUAAUGAGAGACCAAAUCAAUGGCAUGGAUAUUAGAUUGAAGUCCGUUGAAUCUUAUGUGAAAGAGGCAAUUCGAAGUGAAUGUCUUGGAGAAGAGAAGGAAGGAGAAGAACAAGGUGAUGAAGGAGAAGAACAAGGUGAUGAAGGAGAAGAGGGAGAAGAAGGAAAAAAAGGAGAAGAAGAGAAUGAAGAAAAAGUUGAAGAGAACGAAGAAGUUGGAGGAGAGGUUGCAAAGAAGGAAAAGAAGAAGACGAAGACGAAGGCAGCGGUUGUCAGAAAGUAUUUGACCAGACAACGGUCUGGAAUUCAGGAACAAUCUGGUGUUUCAGUCGAGGAAGGGGAGGUGCAGCAUGAGAAGAAGAAGAAGAAGAGUAGGAAUUAA